GUCAUGCAUUUCCUUUCCAAGAUCGGUCCUGAUUUACCCAUCAACGCCCUUGCUGUUAACGCUAAGGAUAAUACGUGUGCUGACAGAUGUAACCGCCUCAACUUGGCGGUUUUUAACAGUCUGUCUCACACUGACUCCAAGGUUAAGAAUGUUUGUGAUGUACCACUAUUCCUGACAAAAUCGAGUCUUUCUAAAACAAAAUGUGGAAAGAUAUUUGAAAGCUUUAGACAACGCCUUGGGGUAUCGACUGAGUCCGGUGAUGUGCUAAUCUUCCUGAAGAACACAGUUAUGAAUCCCUGGACAGCGGCUGACGCCACAAUACAGAUGCUUCUACAGGAAUUCCGAAACGUUGUUACUCAGUGCAUUACAGAGAUUAACCUGUCUUAAAGAAUACCAACAUCGAUGGAAAACAUUCCCUCAUCGAGAUAUCAUGAAAGAAAGGAAGACGUGUCACUUUAAUGGCACUUUUCACGUUUGCAUGCCUGAACACUGUUUCAUCUCCUACUUACACUAUGGACAUAAACGUUAUUGUGUAAUCAAGAUAAAUCACCCGUGUAGCAUUUUUUGUGGGUAAGGGUUUCUUGUGUAGCUGUUACACAUACACUUGUUUUGUCUAUCUAAUCAGAUUACCAAAGAAUUAUAAAUUACCACUCUUUGCAAAUUUACAUUGAUUAAACAUUUUUACAUGUCAGAUUUGGUAAAUGUUAGCAUAAACAGCUGAUUCUUAUGAACUCAUAUUUGGUUUGAAAACAUUAUGAUCAUCAAGUUGGCAGAACAGAAGAACAACAGAACAUUUUCUGAGUCUAUUUGUCCUUUAUGAUCCCUACCUUCUACCUCAUAGGAAUUUUUUUCUAUUAUAAACUGUCAUAAUAAAAUGUAUAACCCCAGGAAAUUGUUUUGAGUAGGGUAACCUUAAAACUAGAAGCACAUGGGCAUUAUGCUUGAUGUGAUAAUGAAAUUUUUAAUUAUGUAUGUACUAAUCUGACAGA